GACCGCACAACACUUCGACAGCUCAAACAGUGCGCAUUAACUUUUUGCCUUUCUGUGAAAUCGGAAUUCCACUUUAUUUAUUUUGGCAACGUACCCAUACAGAUUCUCAGCCAGCGAAAUGUCCACUUCCGUCGGCCCAGAACCGUGCAACGUGGUCUGCCCCAGUUGUCGUCAACAGGUUACCACUCGUGUGGAGCCGAAAGCCACCACCAAGACUCACCUGAUAGCACUGAUUAUGUGCCUUACCUUCCUUUGGCCCUGUGCUUGCUGCCUGUACUGCACCGAAUGCGCCCGGAACUCCGACCACCACUGUCCAUCUUGCAACGCCUACAUUGGCACCUACGAGCGCUGAGCAACUUCCGCCGGAAGUUGUCGUUUUUCCCUGGACUGCAGCCAGGAGCCGUGCCGAAAUGCAGCCCAUGACAUAUCUCACUUGAUCUGUUGUUAACUCUCCCACAUUUAUUACUACGCAAUAUUUUGAUAACACGAAAAACAUUGUAGUGACUCUGUAUCCUCAGCACACCAAUAAAAGGGUUCAAGGAA